AUGCCAAAGAAUACAAUUACUCCGACCCCUCCUCCUCCUUUAACGACGACGACUACAACACCACCAUUAGGUAUACAGAUUAAAAAAUCAGCACCUACUCCUAUACAACAAUCAAAUAAUAAUAAUCAAAAUAAUAAUCAAAAUAAAUUAAUUCAACCAAUAAUAUCAAGAUCAAUAGAUGAAUCAGAAGAUGGUAUAACACAAAUGAUGGAUGAUAUGAUUAGUGCAUCAAGUAAAAAGAAAGAACAAGCCAAACAAAGAGAGAAAAAGAUAGCUAAACGAAAAAAGGAGAGGGAAAAUAUUGCUAGAGAACAACAUGAACAACAAAAGAACGAGAUUGAUGCGUUGAGUGCCAUCUUUCAAGAGGACUUUGUAUUAUUAGAUAAUGACGAGGUGAGAGUGUGGUCGAGUGAAACCUACCGAUUCAUCAUUCACGUGCUACCUCAUCACGAUUCAGAGAAUGAUGAACACCAUGUGGCGGCAGACCUCGAGAUUGCCUUUCAAAAGGAUUAUCCUGCUGCACCACCCGCCAUCCAAGUCACCAUGCUCAAAGGUCCCGUCAAGUAUGCUAGUCAACUUGAACACUUGCUAUCACAAACAGCACAAGAAAACCUUGGCAAUCAAAUGGUUUUCAAUCUCUGUGGCGUUGCCAAAGAGUUUCUAAGUCAACACAAUGAAAAACCAUCAACCAAAUCUUUCCAUCAACAAAUGGUUGAACAAUUAAAACAAGAUAAACAUCAACAAGAUAAAGAUAAAGAUAAUUUAAUUAGUCUUGAUAGUAACAAUGAUAAUAAUCAAGAGAUCGAUGAUCAAGGUUGGGAAUCAACAUUGCAAGAUGAAAAUCUUAAAGAAGAUCGUAAAAACUUUAGACUUUUAAAAAGUCUUGAAAGAGCUCAACAUGAAAAAGAGAAAAAGAAACAAAUUGUUGAACAAUACACUACUCAACAAAAUUUAAAUAGUAAUCAAAACAAUCAACAAAACAAUCAACAAAAGAAUGAACAGAAACCAAAUAUCAAAUUUAUUGAUAAACAACAAACUAUUAUACUUCAUUUAUUAAGAACUAUAUGUCAAAAUGAUCAAUCUGCAUCUUUAGAACAAAUUAAAAUAUUGGGAACACAAUUAGUACAAAUGGGAAUUAUAAAUCAAACACAUUUGGCAUUAUUAAAUUUAAAUUCAAUGGAUUCAAAUCAAGUUUAUCAACAAAUAUUUCAAGAUUAUUUUUCAAAACCAUUGACUGAAUUGACGGGAGCUGCCAAUAACAAUACGAUUCAUCAUCGUCACAAUUUUGUAAACAAGUUUUGGAAUAGUGGUAAAGAGGUUCAACAAGUUCCAAAGAGUCCACCUUCUAAUCCCUAUCUAAUGUCACCACCAAAAUACGAACAACGUACAGCAGCAGCUGCACUGGUUGCAGAACAAUCACCACACCUUCAAACAUCUAGAUACCAUGGAGAUUUCCAAGAGUUGCAACUUUUGGGUCGUGGUGGAUUUGGUCAAGUGGUCAAGGUAAAGAAUCGUCUUGAUGGUCGUUUUUAUGCCAUCAAAAAAAUUAAAUUGGAUAGUGAUCAAAGUCUAAACAAACGAAUCUUGCGUGAAGUCAUUACACUCUCUAGACUUCAUCAUCAACAUGUCGUUCGUUAUUAUCAAGCUUGGAUUGAGGGUAGUGAUCAAACUCUCAACGAUGAUUCAGAUGAUGAUGAUUAUAGUGAUGAUGAAUUUGGUUUAAAUCAAGAAUUAAAAAAGAAAAAGAGUCAAAAACAAUCAAAAAAACAAUCAUCAAACAAAAAGACCAAGAGAGUUGUAAAAAAAAGAAAUCAAACUGAAUCUGAUGAAUCUGAUGAAUCAGAAUCAGAAUCAGAAUCAUCUUCAUCUUCAUCCUCUUCAUCCAAUUCUUCUUCAUCAUCAUCUGAUGAAUCAUAUUCAGAAUCUGAUAUAUUAUUUCAAAAACAAUCAAUGGAAUUUGAUUUGACAGAUGAUAGUUAUUCAUUUUUACAUUCAGAUUCUGGAUUUUUAAUUCAAGUAUUUGAUUUAAAGAAUGGAGGAUCUACAAAUGGAGGAGGUAGAAGAACAACUACAGGAUCAACCACUACCACUUCUUCUUCGACUGUUGCACAACAAAAGAAAAAGAAAAAGAAUCAAGGAACAGCCUACCUCUACAUUCAAAUGGAGUAUUGUCAAAAGAUUUUACGUAAUCUGACCGAUAGUGGCAUCAGCACUGACGAUGACGACAUUUGGAAGUUGUUUAGACAGAUUGUCGAGGGUAUUGCCUAUGUACAUUCACAGGGUAUCAUUCAUCGUGACCUCAAACCAAGUAAUAUCUUUUUCGACAGUUGUGGUGAUAUCAAGAUUGGUGAUUUUGGUUUGGCAACGAGUAGUAGUCGUCUAGUAGACAGCGAGCAGAUGCAAGGUAUCUGGGUUACUGAUAGCUCUGACAUGUCCUCUAGAUCAAAGGAUCCAAACUUUUCAUUCGAGGUUGGAGGUGGCGGCGGUGGUUUUGGAGGAGGCGAUGGAGACAGCGGUCUCGGUGAUGCUCACACUUGCCACGUCGGUACUAUGUUUUAUACCUCACCUGAACAAGAAGCUGGAAGUGGUCGUGCCGACGGUGGAUCAUACGAUGAAAAGGUUGAUAUGUAUAGUUUGGGUAUCGUCUUUUUCGAAAUGUGGUAUGUCUUUUCCACAGGUCACGAACGUGUUGCCGUACUCAAAGAUCUAAGAGAACGUGCCAUCUUUCCCAAAGAUUUUGAACGUACUCAUCCUAGACAGGCCAAGAUUAUCAAAUGGGUGACUGAAAGAGACCCAACUAAACGUCCAACCGCUCAAGAACUCCUCCAAAGCGAGUUAAUGCCACCCAAAAUGGAAGAUGAGUAUAUGAACAAUGCGAUCCGUGUCAUUACCAACCCAACCACCCAAUUCUAUCCCACUAUGCUCCAAUCACUCUUUUCACCCGUUCAUCAACAUCUCCAUCAACACAUUUACCACCAGUCUUCUACCACCAACAUUUUCGACAGUGGAACCUAUUCUUCACUCUACCACAUCAAUGACAUUCAAAUCAGAGAGAUGGUCAAUGAAAUCAUUGUUACGAUUCUAAAAAAACACAGUGCCAUUGAGCUGACUACACCAGUCAUGAAUAUCAUUCAUCAAUGGGAGGAUAAAACAAGUGGCGGUAAAAAAGAUAAAAAACCAUCAACUGCUCAACAACUUCAACAACCUUUAUCGGGUUCAAAACAAAAACAACACCAACAACAACAGCAACAACAACAACAACAAAAAGAUAAAUUAAGUAAAUCAAUGAUGAUGGAUGAUUCUGGUCAACUAUUUGAUCUUAGAUUUGAUCUAAGAAAUUCAUUUGUUGAUUAUUUGGCAGAACAUUUUGCUAGUAGUUCGGCUCGUGAUCAAAAUUCGUCAUCGACAAGAUAUGAAAAGAAAUAUGGCCAAGGUGAUAAUUUAGAGGAACUGUUGGAAAUGUUUUCAGGACAACCUUUGAAGCGUUAUGAAAUUGGUACAGUCUAUAGAAAACCUCAUCUAGUUGGUAAACCUCCCAAAGAAUUGUCUCAAUGUUCAUUUGAUAUUGUUGGAUCAAACUCUAUCUUGACCGAUGCCGAAGUGAUAAAGGUGACCUUUGAAAUAUUCGAUGCUCUGUCUUCUGUCAACAACUAUACCGUUCGUAUCAAUCACACUGGUAUCGUUGACUAUAUGUGGAGAAUUGUUGGUAUCACUGAUCCAUGUCAAAGAAAUGAAGUUGCCAUUGUUCUAUCACAACUCUUACGUCAACCAUGGACUAGCAUCAAAAAGAUUCUACUCGAACGAAUGCAACUACCACCCAAGCAAGUCGAAAGAUUGGCCAAUUGGGUCUUGGUACGUGGUUCCAUCACAGACGUGAUUAAAAAACUAGAAAGUACUGGUGGAUCAGGAAACUCUCCAUCACUAGGAAGAGGUGUCGGUCUUUUAACAGGCUCACAAACCAAUGUUCGUGUUUCCAAUUCAUUUGGUGACUUUAUCGAUGAAAUGAAGCAACUUGGCUGUUUGUUGGACAAGAUGGGAUUACAAUUCCCACGUGUUCAAUUUGACCUUGGCUACGUCUACAAUGAAGAUUUCUACAGUGGUGUCAUGUUCCAAGCUAUCCUAAAGGAUGAUUCUAGACAAGAAACUUGUAUUGCCGUAGGUGGUAGAUACGAUCGUGCCGUCUCUAAACAAAUUCCACUCUUUUUCAAUCAACAACAACAACAACAACAACAGCAACAACAACAACAGCAACCAAUAAGAGUAUCAGAUUCAGAUUCAUCUGUUGGUGGUAUAUCAGUUUGUGGUCUAAGUAUUGCAUUGGACAAGAUAUAUCAUCGUGAACGUGAUAUUAUCAAUCGUUGUUAUGUAUCUGGAUCAGUUCCCACCAUUGGAUCUUUACCAUCUACUUCUGGUGUCACUCCAUCUUUGUUGCAACCUCUAAAGUCCUAUAGAUCACCAGAAAUAUUUGUAUGUUCAUUGGGUGGAAGUUCAUUGUUUGUCGAACGUAUUGGUAUUGUUUCGGAUUUGUGGAACGCUGGGUUCAAGGUCGACACUAUUUACCGUGAAAACCCAACGCCAGAGGAGCAAACCGAACAAGCACUCAAUAGUGGUGCACCAUUCAUUGUCAUUCUCAAAGAAAAGUCUGGUAAAAAGAUUAUCAAAGUUAAAAACAUUGAAAAGAAAAGAGAAGAAGAUAUUGCAAGAGAGGAAGUCGUAAAAUAUUUCAACUUGUCAAGUCUUCGAUCAAAACAUGUUGAGUUGGCAACAUCAACCUCUUCAAUUAUUAAUAAUAAUCCAAUCAACACUAGUAAUACUUCAACUCCAGUCAUUUCACCAAUGAUGACUGCCAAUCAAAAUAAUACUGGUGGUCUAAUCAAUAUCAUUGGUAAUACAACUACAUCUAUUCAACUUAGAAGAGAAAGUAAACAAAGAGAAAGAGAAAGAGAAUAA